GCCCUAGUGAUCCCUGGUUGACUGGUUCGCUUCAGUUCGCCGGGUUGCAUUAUCAAAUUUGUCUCGUUGGAGAGCAAAACAGAUUAUGACGAUGGAAGUAGAAGAUAUAAAAUUAUUUCAAUCGAUUGGAUUGAGCGAACAAAAAGCUAAAGAAACCUUAAAAAAUAAACAAGUUUCCAGCAAUUUGAAACUUGUCAUAUCAGAGGCUAACAAAUAUGGAAUUAUCACACCAGAUGUUGGAAUUUUAUUAUACCAUCUCGCUUCAAAAAUUAAGAAUCAAAUAGCAGACAAACUGCCAUUCGUUGCUAAAUAUAUAGCUGAAAAGAAAUUGGAUACGACGCAAAGGAUAGAUGCCGGACUGAGCUUUUUACUUAAUCACGUGAAAGAAACUAUCGAUUUAUCGAAUUUUGAAAAAGAAUGCGGUGUAGGUAUCGUUGUUUCACCAGAGGAAAUUCAAUGCGAGGUAGAAAAAGUUAUAAAUGCGCAUAAAACAGAAAUAGUGGAGAAAAGAUAUCAUUAUAAUGUCGGCCCAUUGAUGCAACAAGUACGUAAUAAUUUGAAGUGGGCAGAUGGAAAAGCAAUAAAAAAUGAAUUUGAUGCUCAAAUAGUUGCGUUAUUGGGACCUAAGGUUGGUUCUGAUCUCGCUCCGCCACCUAAACCAGCAAAACAACCGAAAGCAAAGAAUACUGAAAAGGAAAAAGAACAGAAAAAUGCAGUAGCAGCAAAUGAGAAAGCAGGCGCUCAAACAAUAAGCGAAUUAAUGAAGACUAAAGUUCAUUUUCAUAAACCAGGAGAGAAUUAUAAAACCGAAGGAUACGUUGUAACACCAAACACACAUAAAUUAUUACAAGAACAUUUACGAAUAACAAGUGGCAAAGUAAGGACUAGGUUUCCACCAGAACCUAAUGGAAUUUUGCAUAUUGGUCACGCAAAGGCAAUUAAUAUCAAUUUUGGAUACGCUGCAGCUCAUGAUGGUGUAUGUUAUUUACGUUACGAUGAUACGAAUCCUGAGAAAGAGGAAGAGAAGUUUUUCAUUGGUAUACGUGACAUGGUAGAAUGGCUUGGUUAUAAACCAGCGAAGAUAACUCAUUCUUCCGAUAACUUUCAACAAUUAUACGAAUGGGCCAUUAAACUUAUAGAGAAAGGUUUGGCGUAUGUCUGCCAUCAAUCUAGCGAAGAAAUGAAAGGUUUCAAUCCACCUCCUAGUCCUUGGCGUGAUAGGCCCGUUUCAGAGAGCUUACAAUUAUUCCAAGAUAUGAAAGAUGGAUUACUAAAUGAAGGUGAAGCUACGUUACGUAUGAAAGUAACACUAGAAGAAGGAAAACAAGAUCCUGUCGCAUAUAGAAUAAAGUAUUCUCCGCAUCACAGAACAGGAGAUCAAUGGUGCAUUUAUCCUACUUAUGAUUUUACGCACUGUUUGUGCGACAGUAUAGAAAAUAUAACACAUUCUCUUUGCACCAAAGAAUUUCAGUCGCGAAGAUCGUCGUACUAUUGGCUUUGUAACUCUUUAGAUAUUUAUUGUCCUGUGCAAUGGGAGUAUGGCAGAUUAAAUGUGAGUUACACUGUCGUUUCGAAGAGAAAGAUUGGCAAGCUAAUCGAAGAGGGUUUUGUAUCCGAUUGGGAUGAUCCAAGAUUAUUUACUCUAACAGCUCUUCGCAGAAGAGGCUUUCCACCUGAAGCUAUAAAUAAUUUCUGUGCGCAAAUGGGUGUCACUGGUGCACAAGCAAUUGUUGAUCCAGCUGUUUUAGAGGCAUGUGUCAGAGAUGUUUUAAAUGGCACCGCAAGUCGACACAUGGCUGUUCUAGAUCCAAUAAAAGUAACCAUUAGCAAUUUCACCGAUGAAACUUCUGUAAAAUUGACUGUUCCCAAUUUUCCUAACGAACCGGAAAAGGGGCAACAUGACAUUACUUUUGAUGAAAUUAUUUAUAUCGAAGCAUCUGAUUUCAAAGAGAAAGCAGAUAAAGACUUCAGACGUUUAACUCCUAAUCAAUCCGUUGGUUUGAAACAUGCAGGAGUUGUCAUAACAGUAAAAAAAUUAGAGAAAGAUAGUAGUGGUAAUAUUGUAAACAUAAUUGUUCAACAAGAACUUAUUUGCGAAAAGAAUAAGCCUAAAGCUUUUAUACAUUGGGUAUCGAAUCCUGUGUUGGCAUCUGUUAGGUUAUAUGAACGUCUAUUUAAACAUAAAAAUCCUGAAGACUCGCAUGAAGUGCCAAAUGGGUAUUUGAGCGAUAUCAAUUCAAACAGUAAAAAAGAAAUUGUUGGGUACAUUGAUGCAAGCUUGGCAAAUUCUGUGAAACCUUUCGAUAAGUUUCAGUUUGAACGUAUUGGUUUCUUUUCUGUGGACCCAGAUACUACGCCAGGAAAGCUUGUUUUUAAUAGAACUGUGACAUUAAAAGAGGAUUCAGGGAAAGUGUGAAUAAUGCUGAUUUAUUGCAACUUUAAUAUACAAUGUGUAGAUAAUUAAAUUUAAUACUGUUUUACA